CGCUCUCUUAUAUGUAUAAAGUAAACGGAAAAAACGCUUGCAGUGAUCAGUUCUAGACAAAAUGAUCGGUAGUCUCUUUUUCUCGAUUUUAUUUGUUUUUAAGUGAUAAUUAUUGCAGGAAAAUGUUUGAUUUCUUAGUGACACUAUCGCUUUUUAAUUUAACAGUGCUUUUACUUCCUUUUUUGGUGGUAAGCUAUUUUGGAUUAAAAACCUUCCACUCUAUAUGGAUCAGCGUGAUUUCACUGCUACAUCCAGAUGUGGAAUUCGUCAACUACUCUACUGUAAGAAUCCUAUUAGACACCCACAGAAACCAAGGGAUCAUUUCUGUUCUCCUCGGGGUUAAAGGAAAAGACAAUUCGGAAGCUAUUAAAAGACAUUUACAAGAACUUGUUAAAAGACGAGACAAAUCUGGCAACCUAGCUUUCCCUAGGCUCCAACAAAGUCUCACCACUAGAUAUGGCACCUACGGCUGGCAAAGAAGGAAAUUUGAUCUGGAUCAGCAUGUUAGUGUUGCCAAGUUCACUUAUAAAGGACGAGCCAUUACUGACUUUAACAUACAAGCAUAUGUCAGUGACAUCGUCGCAAAAUACUUACCAACAGAAAUCUCACCUUGGCAAGUGGUAAUUAUACCCACCUCAGAUGACAACCAUUAUAUCCUCUUUAAAAUUCAUCACAUACUUCUCAGUGAAGGUGUGAAUGUCGGUGAUUUACUCCCAUUAAUUCCACCCACAAGAGUGUCAACAGGGCAAAUCCCAUCUAAAAGUCCUAUAGUGGAUGUCCUGAAGAAGCCCGUGGCCUUAACAAACUUAAAAGACAAAUUAGCCGAUGAGAUAUCAAACUUCUGGAAUGAAUUUAUUAAUGCUUAUGAGCCCCUGGAAAGGCCGGAACUGCUUAAGGAGGUCCCCACAGUGUCUCAGUUUUUGGCAAUAACUGUUAUCACCGUUAUUUCGAUUAUUAGGGAGUGCCGAAGGGGAUUUAGGGUUAUUAAGCCAGACAUAUUUUCCAAACUGAGAUAUUUCUUGUUGACUUUAAACAGUGAAAUGGGCAAAAGGCAUGUUUCACUUAGAAACUUUUAUAAGUCAGUUAUGAGGUCCUUAAGUUUGUCAAAUGUUUGCAAAGUGGCUUUUAAUGCUUUUUGGUUUAUAAUGGUGUCAAUACCUAUUCGUUUGCCCAUAAUACUCUAUUCAGAAUCUCUAGCUUUCUAUUCUUGUUUAAGGUUAAACUAUUGCCCUUAUCCUCACACUUUAAUAGGCAUCCUUUACUACUAUAUCCCUUUAGUGUAUAAAUCUUUGCUUGAGUUGUUGGAAAUGAUAAAAAUCAUUUUUUUGGCACCACGUACAGUGGUCCAGGAUAUUUUGUUGCAAGAAGAAUCCUUGCAAACUAUCACUCUGUGUGGGCGUAAAGCUGUAGCAUGGAGUGAUCCCGUUAAAACAGAAGUUAUAAAAAGAACAGCCAGGAAACUGGGAAUAUCUGAUACAGAGGUUUCCUUAUCGGCCUGUGCCAUGGGAAUUUCAAAGUAUUUCGCUCAAAUUAACGAUAGUGUACCGAACGAUGUCCCUGUUACCAUGAGGAAUAUUAAUUCUCAAUAUUUGUUUGCUACCGGUCCGAAUAUAAAACCUGCAGACUCCGUUAGUGGCAUAAUUUGCCUCAAUUUGCCCAUAAUUGAUCUGAAGUCUGAUAAAAGCCAGUUGGACAAUUUAAAGGAGCUGGAAACGAGGUUUAGGACCAGCAUAGAGAAUCAGGGACUGUCCCACUUGCUCACUUUAUUACAAACGAAGUUCGGAAUUCUCACUAAAUUUUUACCGUCGUUUUUGUUGAGUGUUUAUUUGAAGUUUUUGUCCAGGAAGUAUGCGGUUACUUUAACGGAGGUUUCCAAUAGAUAUCCGAAUAUGAGCCAGAGGACACUGUGGGGACAAGAAGUUUUUACUGUGGUUUAUUGGAGGCCACCACAAGCGAAUACAAGCAUUUCCCUUUGUAUAAACGAAUACGCCGACCAUGUGAGACUGGGAGUUAUGUGCGACGCUCAAUUGGUACCCCACCAUCCGGUUUUAGCGAGAGGAUAUCCGGAGUUUGUUAAGGAUCUGGCAAAAGCAGUUUCUUCUCCGUUGUAAUUAUUGAGUUUUAAUAAAAAAAAAUGCUUUAGUA